AUGUUGCUAAUAUAUUUGCUCGGGUUGUUUUGUGGUGUGCACAGCGCGUUAUAUUAUGACUCGUAUACAGGAACAGAGAUUACGAGGGAAGAUGUGAAAAAGCACGAUAAAGCGAAUACAACAUUUUGGUGCGUAAAUGAGAUCGAACCAUGCAACCCUACAGAAGGACGGCGUGUCGAUGGUUCCUGCAAUAACCUAAAGCAUCCCUCAAGAGGCGCUACGCAUACACCCUUUGUAAGGCUUCUUCCAGCUGUUUUUGACAAAAAUUUCGAACCAAGAAAAUCAUCAUCUGGUAAUGACCUACCUCUCGCUCGAUACCUCAGGACUCGCCUCAUAUCAGUGGGCCAAGUUCCAAGCACAAUCUUCACGAUGCUGGCUGUGCACUACUUUGUAUUCAUGUCUGCUGACGUCCUCUCCUUGCAUGACACUGUAAACUAUAUUGCAUGGAAGCCGUACUGCUGCACUGAGAAAGGCAAGACGGAUCACAUGUGCGUUCCUAACAAGAUACCUGAAGAUGAUCCUGUCCAUAGGUUCUCCGGUAUCCGUUGCUUAAACAUGACUAGACCCGAGUCAUUCCAGAGUAUUGGAUGUGUAAAGAAUGACACAGUACCUGAUAGGAUAGUCUCAUCAACUCCUCUACUAGAUUUGUCUGUCAUAUAUGGCAACCUACUACCGCCUUUGCUACAAAAAGGUCGCCUAUUCACAGGAGGUCUGGUAAAAACUGAGGUUGAGGAAGGAAGGAUAUGGCCUCCAAGUUAUAAGACUCAAGCGAAUGUGUGCUUUUUAAACCAGAGACCUAAAGAAACCAGAUGUCAUCAAAUGGCUGAGGAUAGUUCGAACACGCUAGCAGGAAUUAAUUUGGUAUCAAUAUGGUUCUGGAGGUAUCAUAACUUUAUUGCCACUGAACUAGCCAAGGUCAACCCCUGCUGGGAAGAUGAGAAACUGUUUGAGACAGCAAGAGACAUAAAUAUUGCAGUAUCGCUACAAAUUUAUUACUACGAGUUAUUGCCAGUGUUCUUUGGUUUUGACAAUAUGGCUGAAGAUGGCGUGAUCGAUCGCAUCGGUGGAUUCAGGGACCUGUACGAUGAGAACAUACCACCACAAUUGUCCCUGGAAUAUCCGUUUGCAUUAAGAUGGGUGCAUAAUAUCCAAGAUGGUACUUUAAAGCUCCACGACGAAGAAGGGCACUACCUAAGACAAUUCCCCAUCAUGAAUCUGACCAUGAGGACUGGUUUCUUGGCUGUUGACAACAAUAUAGACUAUUUGACACAGGGCAGUUUCAGACAAGGCAGCGCUAAAAUCGACUACAUAGCGGAUCCUGAGGUGACGGAACGAGGUCUAGGCCCUCAUCAAAAAGUGUCAGAUAUAGUAACAAAUGAUUUGUCCAAAAACCGUUACUUUGGAUUCCAACCUUACGUCAAUUACAGACAGUUUUGUUUCAAUAAACGGAUUAAGAGCUUCGACGAUCUUCACGGCAUCAUUGAUGAAGAGAGAAUAGAGGUGUUAAGAGAAAUGUACGAAAAAGUUGAAGACAUAGACCUACUGGCCGGUAUUUGGACGGAGAAACCAAUGCGUGGUGGUUUCGUACCUCCUACAUUCUAUUGUCUGGUUAUAGAUCAAUUAAAACGUAAUAUUUACUCCGACAGGCACUGGUAUGAAAGGCCUAACCGACCAAAUGCGUUUACUUUCCCUCAGUUGGCUCAAAUAAGAAAGGUCACGAUCGCAAGAAUGCUGUGUGAUGUUGGAGACACCGUGAAAAGAAUUCAACCGCACGCUUUCCUGAAAGCUGGAUUUAAGAACCCGAUAGGUGAUUGCAAACACAUCAUGAGCAUGGACUUCUCCACUUGGAAAGAUGAUUCUUGCGGCGCCGGCGGUGGAUUCUUCGAUCAUCUCUUUGAACAAGUAGUUGAAAAACGUUAA